GUUCACGACCCUCUGUCUCUCUCAGCUUCUAGACUCUAAAAUCCAACAUGGGUUUCAGGGUCAUUACUCUCUCUCUGUUCUCCCUGUUUUGCCAAGCUCUGCUUUUGUCCCUGCACCAAGCAACAGCAACAAAGUUCCACAAUGUGAGUGGCAUCAGAGGGAGAAAGUCAGUGGUAAAUGGGUGCAAUUUGUUCAUAGGAACGUGGGUCUUUAACCCUUCUUAUCCUUUCUAUGAUUCUUCAAGCUGUCCCUUCAUUGAUGCUGAGUUUGAUUGCCAAAAGUAUGGAAGACCUGAUAAACAGUACCUCAAAUACGCUUGGAAACCUGAUUCCUGUGCCUUACCUAGGUUCGAUGGGGCUGAUUUCCUGAACAAGUGGAGGGGUAAGAAGAUAAUGUUUGUGGGUGACUCACUGAGUCUGAACAUGUGGCAAUCACUGUCCUGUAUGAUUCACGCGUCGGUGCCCAAUGCCAAAACCAGCUUUUUGAGGAAAGAAUCACUCUCCACUGUGACCUUCCAGGACUAUGGAGUAACUAUAAAGCUAUACCGCACACCGUAUUUGGUAGACAUAAUUCGAGAAAAUGUUGGGCGAGUGCUUACAUUGGACUCCAUUGUGGCUGGAAAUGCAUGGAAAGGCAUGGACAUGUUGAUUUUUAACUCGUGGCAUUGGUGGACCCACGUCGGAAAAUCUCAGGGAUGGGAUUAUAUAAGAGAUGGACCCAAUCUACUUAAAAACAUGGACCGUUUGGAGGCAUACUACAAGGGAUUGACGACUUGGGCUAGAUGGGUUGAUCUCAAUAUUGAUCCCACCAAAACUAAAGUCUUCUUUCAGGGCAUUUCUCCUACUCAUUACCAGGGUAAGGAGUGGAAUCAACCAAAAAGAAGCUGUAGUGGAGAGCUUGAACCAUUGUCUGGGUCAACAUAUCCAGCAGGUCUACCUCCAGCAACUACCAUAUUGAACAAUGUGUUAAAGAAGAUGAAAACUCCAGUUUAUCUACUUGAUAUUACCCUCCUCUCACAACUAAGGAAGGAUGCUCACCCUUCUUCUUAUAGUGGAGAUCACUCAGGCAAUGAUUGCAGCCACUGGUGCUUACCAGGAUUACCUGAUACUUGGAACCAACUUCUAUAUGCAGCUCUCACCACUUCAAGGUGAAGGUCCAUACCAAUUGAUCCUUUUCUUCAUCCCUUGGUUAUAUAUAAAGCUAGUGACUUAAGGAUUUCUUCAUUGUUUGGGGGAUAGAUACUAACAAGGGGUGAAACUCAAUUGUAAAAUUAUAUCAUUCUUGAAGAAUAAAGUACAAAAUAAGUUUGUCAAAGAGAUUAUCAUCAGAUUUUUGCAUAUCAAGAAAAGUACUAUAAAGGUGUAAACUAAUUUUAGAGUCACGGACUCACAGAAUGAUUACCAUUGAUUGAUGCACAGACGAUGUAUAAUAUUUCAUACUUGUGGUAACUACAAGGUUGAUUGUAACAGUAAAACUGUUUCCUUCCUUCCAGGAAAGAAAGGGUCUUUUCACAUUUUACUACUACUUUAUUGUCACUGGUCAUUUGCUUUAUGGGAGCAAUCUAGCCACAUUUUUGGCAUGUCUUCCCAUAGAACGUAUAUCUCAGCAAUACAUGGAACACUGACUAGAUUUGAGCGACCAAUGAUUCUCAGCAGUAGAUAUUUUAUAAGUUAUGGUUAUCAAUAUGUAAAAUGAUUUUUAAUG